GUAUCUCCAACCAAGAGAGAAGGACGAGUUGUGAGAACCCUACCGAGGAAGAGUACAUCAUAAGAACGGCUUCCUCAAAUUUAUAGAGAUGCUCCGCCUAUUUGAUAUCCGCCAUACAUCCACAUAACUCCGGAGGGUUCUUCCCCAUUCCACAGUUUCUUGGGCGCAUGGCUGAGGAAAGUUCACAUUUGAAAAUUAAACCCGACCUGGAGGAUGCCCGUCCCAAUAUGGAUGCAGAAGUGGGAAACACAGAGACACAUUUGACGGCGCCUGAGCCGACGGCACAAGACUACAUUCAGCCGGAGUCCCUAAGUGACACACCGAAUACCAUAUCAAUAGAGUCGGAUCCGAGUCACUCACAUUCAUUAUCAUCCUCCAAAUCUCUUUCUGAACACAUAAUCGAAGAUAUACUCGAAAAUGAACGACGCUACUGUAAUGAAACCUAUUUCAUGCCGAAUGAUGAAGCCGAGCAAACCCGUCUAUCAAUCGAGCACCAAAUCUACUUAAUAAUCUACGAUGGCCAACUCACAAAAACCAACUUACCCCCAACAGUCUCCCGCAUCCUAGAUAUCGGGACAGGGACCGGCGAUUGGGCCCUUAGUAUGGGUGAAAUGUACCCCGACACCGAGAUCCUCGCCAUUGACAUCUCUGUCUUCGACUCAGAUCCCAUCUCUAUCGCGCCGCCCAACGUCUUCUUCCAAAUUGAUGACGCUGAAUGCGGCGAAUGGAACUACCACCAUCCCUUCGACUUCAUCCACAUUCGCGGCCUCUCCGGCGCGAUAGCCGACUGGCCAGCUCUGUACAGCCAGGCCUUUAAGAACCUGGAACCAGAUGGCCGCAUCGAGAUCGCCGAUGUGGAUUACACCUCAGGAUUACUGAACGCGCGCAACGCCCCCGCCAACUCGUAUAUGAGCAUAUAUAUAUCCGCCAUCCGCUCCGCGGCUGAUGUGGCGGGGUACCCGCGCGACCUGUCACAUUUGCGUAUGGCCGCACUGACGGCUGCAGGGUUUGUGCAAGUGAGGACAUAUGAUAUUCGAGUGCCGAUUGGGACGUGGUGCGAGAGCGAUGCGAAGGGGAGUACGCUAGGGAAAAUGGUGUUGAUCGUGUUGUUGGAAGGACUGGAGGCAGCGAGUAUGCGAUCGCUGACAAAAUACGGCGGAUGGACGCCGGAGGAUGUGAGGGAUUUAUGUCACAAGGUGAAGAUGGAGAUUGUGAUGGGUGCAGUGGAGGGUGCGAUGGGGCUUGUAAGAGUGGUCACAGGGAGAAGACCAGGUCCUGAUUCGGGGCUUGACUAAUGAGAAUGAUUCAUGAUUAAAACACCACGAUUUUCUUUCAUCCUACAUUUCGCCUGCGCAUAUCUGUUCUCGAACAUUGGGGGCGCACUUCUUUCUUCUUCACUUUUUGUAUUUCGUUUCUAUACAUGGCCUGGCUUCAGCCCUGCUCAGGGCCCAAGACAAUAGGGAGGGAGGUUUACAAUUUUACAGCCUUUUCUGCUGUUCCGUA